CCAUGAUUAAUAACGAAUUCCGAGCCGUGUCCGGCGGAGCAGGAAUAAGAGCGGAAAGCUCAUUGCAGGCGGAACUAGGCCCGCACAGUUGUGGGUUGUGACAUGUGAGAGAGAGAGAGAGAGGGUGUCAAGAUUACCGAGUCAGUCAGGCACCGGAGCAGACAUGGUUCGCAUUUGCCGGCUCCCCUCGGACACCCAGAGCAGAGUUCUUCAGUAUGACGGGUGUGUAAAGGUUAUUGCGUCAUGUAGACGCCCUCCGAAGCCGACCGUUCGAUCAAACCCCACGAUUCUUUGGAAAAUCCCUUUUGGCUUGGGGGUAUAAGGACCGCGACUGAGCCUGGAGUUAUUGGGCUAUUAUGUUCUGCUGAAUUCUCUCUUCCUCAACAUUGAAAUCAUCUAUUAUAACAAACAGUCAACCGUUAACGACUUGGGCUUUUGGCUUGAGUAAAUACACCAUUCAAUACAAACAAGACACAGCACACCCAACACACCACCACCAUGGCUCCCACUUCCACCAGCGCCUGGUAUGUCACCGGCAUCAACAAGGACACCGACACUUGGGACACCCUCAAGCUCAAGAAGGAGGUGCCUGUGCCCGCGCUGGGUGAUUACGACGUGCUCGUCCAGAUCGAGGCCGUCUCCCUGAACUUCCGUGACCUGGUCAUCCCCAAUGGCCUCUACCCCUUCCCCCUCAGCUUCCCCCGUAUCCCGGCCUCGGACGGCGCCGGCCGCGUGGUCGCCGUCGGCCCCCGCGUCACGCAGCUCAAGGAGGGCGACGCCGUCGCGACGCUCUUCAACCAGGACCACCAGGCCAACCCCAUCACGCCCCUCGCCCUCAACAGCGGCCUCGGCGGCGCCCUUGAUGGCACGCUGCGCCAGUACGCCGUCCUGCCCGAGCACGGCCUCGUCCGGUCGCCCCGGACGCUCACGUCCAUCGAGGCCGCCACCCUCCCCUGCGCGCCGCUGACGGCCUGGAACGCACUCUACGGCCUGCAGUCCAAGGCCUUGAAGCCCGGCGACGUCGUGCUGACGCAGGGCACCGGCGGCGUCAGCCUGGCGGCCAUCCAGUUCGCCGUGGCGGCGGGCGCGACCGUCAUCGCCACCACGUCGUCGGCGGCCAAGGGCGAGCGGCUCAAGAAGCUCGGCGCGCACCACGUCAUCAACUACAAGGAGACGCCCAACUGGGGCGAGGUGGCCAAGUCUCUGUCGCCGGACAGCCUCGGCGUCGACCACAUCAUCGAGGUCGGCGGGCCCGGCACGGUUGCGCAGUCGCUCAAGGCCGUCAAGCUCGAGGGCGUCAUCUCCGUCAUCGGCUUCCUGUCCAUCGGCGAUGCCGCCUCCUCCGCCGGCCAGCAGCCGACGCUGCUGGACGCGCUGAACAACCUCUGCACGAUCCGCGGCAUCCUCGUCGGCUCGCGGCAGCAGUUUGAGGAGAUGAACCGGGCCAUCGACGCCAACGGCAUCAAGCCCGUCGUGGACAAAAAGAUCUUUGGCUUCGAGGAAGUCAAGGAGGCCUACCAGUACCAGUGGGAGCAGAAGCACUUUGGCAAGGUUGUCAUCAAAAUUUGAGAGGGUGUUAUUAUGUGUGUGUGUGUGUGUGUUUGUGUAUAUGUGUUGUACGUACGACUAGUUACGUACGACUUUUAACCUGUCGAUAGGACAGGUGAUUUGAAAUAGUAAUGCAGUUAUGACCAUAAUCUUUGUGUCCGUUUUGUUGCCCAAUAAUGGAAAGGUUAUCUGUAUCGAUGAAAUGGUUGACCGUUUCCAGCAACAUGUUUGAACAGAUACGAAUAGUCCCGAGGUGUAAUUAUUGACACAAUACACUCGUGUCACCAAUGAUGCCAAUACGCCGCCAACGCCCCCAGUCCAAAACCAUCAUUCGUUAUCGCCAUCCGCCCUGCAGAUUCGUUCGCUAAAGUCCCAAUUUCCCCCAUU